UCUUUGACAUUUCUGGCCAUGUGGAUGAUGGCCAAGGCUUGGUCUCAUCAUGAGUGCUGGUACAAGUAUUCCGCAAAGCCAGGUUGCUUUUUGUGACGUCUCGCGGUGCAAGAGUUUGAGUAACUCUUCAGGUCAAAGCCAAAAAGCAAUAAAAACCGUUAGACCAAGGGAACAACCUCGAACGUUGUCAUCUCAGCCACGAUGAAGUUCACCAAUGGUAUGUGGAGGGCUAGGGGGGGAGUCACUCUCAAUUGGAUGGGCAAUGUCGAGAGACUUGAAGUACAAGAUGACAAGGUUGAUCUCCUGCUCACAAAACCCCUAAAUCAUAGAGGAGAUACAUUGAACAGUGGCACCUUGACCACCGUCGUCCGAUCGCCAAUCGAGGGUGCAACAGCAGUCAAGUUUUCCCAUUGGACGGGUGAAGAGGAUUUAGGACCCCAUUUUCCUUUGAACGAGACCCCUUCAUCGCCUAAGAUCAUUCACGACAAGGGCAAAUCUCUACAAUACUCGACAGGAUCAUUGGACCUAAGCAUCAACACCACACCGAACAAACUCGGUUUUACAUAUUCCCAGAACUCCAAGAAACUUACAGGACAUUCUUUUCGCUCUGUCGGAUGGGUUGCCAACACCGACACCCCGAGUUACGACAUCUCUGAAGGCCUGUACGCCGAAUCCCAAAACUAUAUUCUCCUCGAACUAGACCUCUCUGUGGGUGAGAAGAUUUAUGGGUUGGGUGAACGCUUUGGCCCCCUGGUAAAGAAUGGCCAGACCGUCGACAUUUGGAAUGAGGACGGGGGUACUUCCAGCGAGCUGACGUACAAGAACAUUCCCUUCUACAUCUCCUCGCGUGGUUAUGGUGUCUUUAUCAACAACCCUGGCAAAGUCAUGCUCGAAGUCCAGUCGGAACGAACCACCCGUGUCAACAUUGCUGUUCAAGGGGAAUCUCUCGAAUAUGUCAUCAUUUCCGGCCCUUCACCAAAAGAUAUCCUCAACCGGUACACGGCCCUGACCGGCCGACCAGCUCUUCCACCCGCCUGGUCAUAUGGCCUGUGGCUCACCACCUCAUUCACGACAUCUUACUCGGAGGAGACGGUGACGGGAUUCCUCGACGGAUUCAAGCAACGGUCCAUUCCAUUGUCCGUCUUCCACUUUGACUCUUUCUGGAUGAAGUCUUUUACCUGGUGCGACUUCACCUUUGAUGAUGAGAAUUUUCCUGAUGCCAAGGGAUACAUCUCCCGCCUCAAGUCGAGGGGCUUCAAAAUCUGCGUCUGGAUCAAUUCAUACAUUGCUCAAGCUUCGCCAUUAUUCGCCGAGGGCAAGAAGAAUGGCUACUUCAUCAUGCGUGCAGACACCGCCCGUCCCACGGUGUGGCAGUGGGACAAUUGGCAGGCAGGUAUGGCGGUCGUUGACUUUACGAACUCCGCCGCGUGUGAAUGGUAUGCAGGCCAUAUGAAGCGCCUGAUGGACCUCGGGGUUGAUUCGUUCAAGACCGAUUUUGGCGAACGGAUUCCCUUCAACCCCAAGAAGGUCAAGUAUCACGACGGGAGCGAUCCAGUGCGUAUGCAUAACUUCUAUGCUUACCUGUACAACAAAACUGUGUUCGAAGCGAUGCAAAGCCAUGGCAAGGACGCCUGUUUGUUUGCCAGAUCUGCCACAGCAGGUGGACAGCAAUUUCCUGUGCACUGGGGUGGAGACUGCGAGAGUACUUUCGAAGCGAUGGCAGAGACAUUGCGGGGAGGCUUGAGCCUUGGUCUCUCAGGGUUUGCAUUCUGGGCUCACGACAUUGGAGGUUUUGAGGGCCUGCCCGACCCAGCCCUUUACAAGAGAUGGGUACAAUUCGGCCUACUGGGUAGUCAUUCGCGCUUACACGGCAGCAGCAGCUAUCGUGUGCCGUGGAUCUACGACUCGGUCCAGUUUCCCGGUGAGGAUGAGGCUUGUAGCAAGGUCUUGAGGGAGAGUGUCCAGAGGAAGUUCACUCUGUUGCCAUAUAUUCUUCGAAUGGCAUUUGAGGGCAAUCAACGGGGCACGCCGGUGAUGCGAGCACUCUUGCUCGAGUUUGGAGAUUCAGACCCGAAUGUUUGGAACAUUGAUACCCAGUAUAUGCUCGGUGAUAGCCUGCUGGUAGCGCCAGUGUUUUGCAAAUCCGGGGAGGUGACCUUCUAUGUGCCGCUGACUGGGGACAAGGGACAAGCCAAGUGGAGAAGUUAUUUCGACUGGAGCAAGACUUAUGAGCCUGGAAGGUGGUAUACGGAAACACAUGAAUUUGACACACUGCCGUUGUUGGUCCGCCCCGGCGCAGUACUUGCCGUCAGCGAGGGGCUGAAAGAGCCUUCUGGCGAUCUGCUGGCAGGGCUGAAAAUCUGGGUGAACGGGCCGUUGGAAGAGAAUAAAACUGUGGAGAUUGUGGAGACAAGUGAUGUCAAAAAGGUCAGCAAGACUAUAGCUGUUUCGAAGGAUCUCAAGGCUACGGGCUUGGACGGGUUAACAGUCGUUGAUCUCUCAAACAGUAAGAAAUAG